AUGAAGUUCUCCGUCAUCCUCUCCUCUGCCGCCGUCGCCGCCGCCGCCGCUGUUAUUGACAAGAGCAUCGUCAAGUUCAGCGUCUCUGACUUCGGCGCCGGUUGCCUCGGCCACAGCACACAGUGCACCAUCGGCUUCAACGUCUCCCGGCCCGAAGAGACCAUCGGCGUUCAGUGCGCGGCCCGUGUCUCUGCCAUCCCCGGCGCCGGCGGCCCCAACAUUAUCCCCGAUAUCAAGGGCGCCUCAUGCACAAACUCCACCCGCACCUUCGACUUCGUCCGCAACGACGGUGCCGCUACCCUCACCGUCUACCAGCAGGUCAGCCGCCUCAGCUUCCGCACCGGCUCCCACGUCCUCCCCAGCUCGGACUUCGUCAUCACCAACGAGCCCAACGCCUGGGUCGAGAGCUACACCGGCCCCAGCGCUUUUUUCCUCGAGUAA